CCUAGCAGGGAGUCAGUUAAUACAGUCUAUAGUUGAAGCACGGAUUGCUAAAAAUGGCUCAACACCAUUACAUUUGUUUAUAAUACACAUGCAUACAUACACAAACACACAUACACACAUGCAGAGGGCAGAGUGGGGACAUGCUUCAGGCUACAGCACCCCCAAAGAACAAAGUUGUGGGAACAGGCCAUGUGGAGAAGGUGCCAGGGGUCAGGCCUGUCUCCCUUGUCCUGGGUGCCUGGCAGGCGCUCCUCUUGCUUCCUGCAUCAUUUGUCUGAACUUGUUGUGAACUAUCCUGCCCUCUCUUCCUCUGCCCACUCCUCCCAAGACACCCCUACUUCAACACACCCAGCCUGGCCUGGCCACAGUACCUUCCUUUUGUUGAUGUUUUCAGCCUAGGGAUGUCUGGUUGUGUUGGAGAUGGAUGAUUAAUGUGCCUGCCCGAGAGGCACACCCACCCACACCCACCCACAUGAGACAGGAUGGUGUCCCUGCAGACCAACCGGGGCGCCCAACUUCUGCCAGGCAGGUUGGGUGUGUUUGGGAGGAGGGCACAGGGGACACAUCCAGCCUGCCUGGGAAUGUGGCUUGGAGAAUAAAUCACUGAUACAUUAGAUCCAGGGACCCAGGUUCCAGCAAGAAUUUUUCUUAUUUUUUAGAGAUAGGGUCUUCCUCUGUCCCCCAGGCUGGAGUACAAUGGACCAAUCAUAGCUCGUUACAAGCUUGAACUCCUGGGCUUGAGCCAUCCUCUCACCUCACCCACCUGAGUAGCUGGGCCUACAGGCACACACCAUCCCCCACCCCACUAAGGUUUUAAUUGUUUUGGAGAGCUGUUUUACAAAAACAAAACAAAACAAAACAAAACAAAAUUGUUUUAAUUGUUUUGUUAUGUUGCCCAGGCUGGUCCCAAAUUUCUGGCCUCAAGCAAUCCUCCUGCCUCAGCCUCCCACAGUGCUGGGAUUACAGGCGUGAGCUACCUUGAGGGCCCCAGAGGGAAUUUUAAUAUCUGCUUUGGUGUCUGAGCAACAACUGAGCAGAUCUUAUGCCUUUCCCUUUAGUACAAAAUGGUCGCUCAAAAGUGUAUGUCAAUCCCAUCCAGCCCUGCCACACAGAAAACUGAUACAGUCAUUUUGGAAGAGAGUAAAGACCAGGAUCUUGGGGUGGUCUUUGGCUCUCUUUCCUGUGCCUCAGUUCAGCAGAGGCUCCCAGCUUCACCCCACCUGUCCAGCACUUUCCCCUCUCACCGGCCUUGGAGGAACCUGCUUCCAUAAAGCCCUCCACCCCAACCCACUCUUUUACAUGGGAACUCAGCAUCUGAACCAAACUGGAGCUUGCUCAGGCGCAUCCCCUCUUGGCUGUUCUCACAGACAUGACAGCCCCUGCGUGUCAGCUGCCCAUCUUGCCUGUCCACAUGAGGGGCUGGCCAUCUCUGACCUUAGAGUUCCAGGACACUCGUCUUACCAUUACAUUGACCUUUCCUGUUUGCUUCCUGGCUUGCUUUCUGGCACUGUGUGUCUCUCUCUCUGUGUGUGUGUGUGUGUGUGUGUGUGUGUGUGUGUGUGUGUGUUGGAGUUGGGGCUGGGGUUGUGUGGAGGGAGGGAGCAGUAGUGUGCCUCCAGGCCCUCCGGGCUGGGCUGCAGGAUGCUGAAUGCCCCCAGGGUGAUCUGUCCUCUAAAUCAAGGAACUACAGUAAGUGGUCUCAAGAGGGCUGGGCUUCGCCUCCUUCCUGGAAACAUAAGGAUGCAGAUGUCCUGACCUGGCUGCCUGAACCUUGGAGUGGGGAGUUUCCAUUCCCUUGCUGCCAGCCUCACUAGGAGUUUAGCCAGGAGUUUGAAAAACUUAUAGAUCAUGUUGAUUUUGGCAAUGGCUGCAGACCUCCAGGCUUGACUAUCACAGUCUCUCCGCCUUCCCAUUCACCAACAUGACCUAUCCUUCCAGCCCCCCUGCCUUACUCCUCUGAACCCAUUAAAGGCAGAAGUUGGAGGGAAGUGGGAGCAGGUGGGAGGAACUCAGAUGAGCAGGAAAGUUGCACAGUUCUUCUUACCCUAAUACGUUAGAAGAGGACCUGAAAAUUGAGAGGGUUUUUGGCUGGCAUCACAUGCUGAGUCCACAGGAAGCUGGGUGGACUCAGGCAUCUCAUAGCGUUGAAAAUGACAGCUGCCAUUUAUUGAGCACCUACCAUAUGCCAGGUGCCGUUGGAUGCUUUGCAUACAUACUCUCUAAUUUUGGCAACAAAUUUGCUGGCAAGAAAGAUACUACCACCGCCAUUUGCAGUUGAGGAAAUUGAGGCUAACUAAAUUCCAUAGUUAACUGAGGUUAAUUGUCCAGGUGUCUCAUACCCAGUUAGAGGGAGGGCUCAGGCUCAAACCCUGAUUCAUGUGACUCCAGAGUCCAGAUUCAUUGCACGCCCCAGCACCCGAUUGAGUGUUCCAUCUUUUCCACCCAUUCUCUAAGACCUCUAUCACACAUGUUAAGCAGUGUGUUUUAAGGGAUCACACUAUCUGGGUAAGGAUUUCUGAUGUAUGGCUGGUAAGUGGGUGCGCUCUGGUGCCAAUCUGUGAGGCAGUUGGUGCUGGGAACUUGGCGUCCAUUUUGGUGUCGUAGGGAGGGGGUUUGCAGAGGCUGGGCCUCUUUGAGUGGGGAAGGCUGAGAGCCUGCUGUCUUGUGGAGCCUGAACUUGGCUGAAGUGCUGGCCUCUCUGGUGAAAUUGUCCUGAGAGCUCAGGACAGGAACCUUUGGCUGCUGCCUGGGUGGUUCCAAGUCUCACAGAUAUGGUGUUCCAGAGACAAAGGGGUCAUGGAUGGAGGACCAGUUCAGAGCAGGCAGACAGUAUGGGUGGCUUCAGAAACUCCCAGGAUGCUGGCAGCCUCCAAGGCUGAGUGGCUUGGUUGAGCUUGGAGGAGAGCUGUGAAGUGGCACAUCCCAGGCCCUCCAAAGACAGGACAGAAGCCUCAGGUGGGGUACUCUCCCUGCUCCCUGCUAGGACAGAGGAAAAAGCACUCCUUGCCCAAAUCCCUUCAACCCAGGCUCUUUCUGGCCUUGGGCCACCCUGACUCCCAUCCCCAGUGAAGCCCAUCCCUGGCCUCAAGCAGUGCAGAGUAGGGACCAGGAACAAGUGGAGGGGACGGUUCUGAGGAAUGGGCUGUUGAGGAGCAGCCAGGCGUGAUGCAUCUUCACUCUCCACCCUGCUGCUCGCCAGCUACGAGGCUGCCAAAGGUCAUUUAUCUCUUCAAGUCUCAAUUUCCGUAUCUCUAAAAUAGGAGUAGACCCAAUGAGUUAAAAACUUAUGUCCACAAAAUAACCUGAAUAAAGUUGUUUAUAGCAACUUUAUUCAGAGUUGCCAAAAUUUGGAAGCAACCAAGAUGUCCUUCAGUAAGUGAAGAGAUGAAUAAACUAUGGUCAUCCAGAUAACGGAAUAUUAUUCACCAAUAAGAAGAAAUGAGUUGUCAAGCCAUGAAAAGACAAGGAGCCUCAUAAAUAUAUAUAUAGCUACUAUGUACCCACAAUUUUUUUAAUUAAAAAAAAAGACAGGGAGAUAAUACUAAGUGAAUGCAUAGUACUAAGUGAAAGAGCCAAUCUGAAAAUUGGCUACGUAUCUUAUGAUUCCAACUAUAUGAUAUUCUGGAAAAGAUAAAUCUAUGGAAACAGUUAAAAGAUCAGGGGUUGCCGGGGUUAGAGAGGAAGAAGGGAUAAAUAGGCAGAGCACAGCGGGUUUUUAGGGCAGUGAAACUACCCUGCCUGAUGCUAUAAUGGUGAGUGUAUGUCAUUAUACAUGUGUCCACAGCCAUAGAAUGUACAGCACCAAGAGUGAACCCUAAUGUAAACUAUGGACUCUGGAGAUCAUGAUGAAUCAGUGUAGGUUCAUCAAUUGUGACAAAUGUACCACUCUGGUGGGGGAUGCUGAUAAUAGAGGAAGCUGUGCAGCAUAUGUAGGGGCAGGGGGUAUAAAGGAACUUUCUGUAUUUCCUGCUCAAUUUUACUGUGAACCAACAUUGUUCCAAAAAAGUCUAUUUUAAAAAAAUUAGUGGUAGCCAGGCACAGUGUCUCACACCUGUAAUCCUAGCACUUUGGGAGACUGAGGCAGGUAGAUCACUUGAGGCCAGGAGUUUGAGACCAGCCUGGGCAACAUGAUGAAACCUUGUCUCUACAAAAAAUUAAAAAAUUAGCUCUCUCCUCGCAUUGCCCAAGAUGCUGAAAGGAAAGAAGGCCAAGGGGAAGAAAGUGGCUCCUGUCCUGAAGAAGCAGGAGGCCAAGGAAGUGGUGAAUCCCCUGUUUGAGAAAAGGCCUAAGAAUUUUGGCAUUGGACAGGACAUCCAGCCCAAAAGAGACCUCACCUGCUUUGUGAAAUGGCCCUGCUAUAUCAGGUUGCAAAGGCAGAGAGCCAUCCUCUACAAGCGGCUGAAAGUGCCUCCUGCGAUUAACCAGUUCACCCAGGCCCUGGACCGCCAAACAGCUACUCAGCUGCUUAAGCUGGCCCACAAGUACAGACCAGAAACAAAGCAAGAGAAGAAGCAGAGGCCGUUGGCCCAGGCUGAGAAGAGAGCUGCCGGCAAAGGGGACGUCCCCAUUAAGAGACCACCUGUCCUUCGAGCAGGAGUUAACACCAUCACCACUUUGGUGGAGAACAAGAAAGCUCAGCUGGUGGUGAUUGCACAUGACGUGGAUCCCAUUGAGCUGGUCGUCUUCUUGCCUGCCCUGUGUCACAAAAUGGGGGUCCCUUACUGCAUUAUCAAGGAGAAGGCAAGACUGGGAUGUCUAGUCCACAGGAAGACCUGUACCACCGUUGCCUUCACACAGGUUAACUCAGAAGACAAGGGCGCUUUGGCUAAGCUGGUGGAAGCUAUCAGGACCGAUUACAAUGACAGAUACGAUGACAUCCACCGUCACUGGGGCGGCAAUGUCCUGGGUCCCAAGUCUGUGGCUCACAUCGCCAAGUUCAAAAAGGCAAAGGCUAAAGAACUUGCCACUAAACCGGGUUAAAUGCACACUGUUGAGUUUUCUGUACAUAAAAAUAAUUAAAAUACUACAAUUUUUCCUUCAAAAAAAAAAUUAACCAGGUGUGGUGAUGUGUGCCUGUAAUCCCAGCUACUCAGUGGGAGGAUUGCUUGAGCCUGGGAGGUCAAGGCUGCAGCGAGCCAUGUUCACGUCACUGCACUUCAGCCUGGGUGGCACAGUGAGACCUUGCCUCAAAAAAAAUAAAUACAAUAAAAUAAAAAUUAAAAAUUGGGGUAGAAACACAUGUUGCCCAGUCAUAGUAUGGAUUAUAUGAAAUAAUGCAUGUAGAAUACCUGGUGUAUGGUGCGUACUGAGUAAUGGUACCUGAUGUCAUCACAGUGUGGGUACGUGAUUUUUCUUUGUUCCCUUUUUGUGGCAUUUUUCCAUUAGUAAAGAAUAUUUUUCCAUUAUAAAAAUUUAAACAAUUUAGAAACUAUAGAGGUAGGAAAAGCACUUGAAAUCCCAUCACUCAAAGCAAACAUGUGACGUGCCUUCCAGACAGCUCUCUGCAUAAUGUAUAAGUAUGUAUAGAUUUUAUAUCAUUGAAAUCAUAAAACACAAUCUUUUUCCUUUUUUAGAUGUAUGUUGUGGACAUAUUUUCAUGUUGACCAAUAUCAAUAUGCAUCAUCUUAUAUAAUGGCUACAUAGUAUUCCAUUUCAAAAUAUAAUUAUAACUAGUCUUUUGUAGAUGGAUGUGGGGGUAUUGCUAGCAUUUUGUUGUCAUAAAUAACUAUGUGAUGAACAUUUUAGUGACAAUAUAUUUAGAUAUGAGUAAAUACAUACCCAGAAUAAAUUCCUGCAGGAAAUUGAUACCACCAAUAAGGUAGUACCUUCUCAUUCCCCCACAUCCCCUUUAAUACUGGAACUUAUUAACUUUGGUUAACAAUUUUCUUUUCUGAAACUAGAGUGAGAUUUUAGAAGUUCAAAUGUUGGAGGAGGGGUGAGUAGAAAAGCAGGGAGGAGGGAUGUUCCAGGGGGCCGGCCAGAGGCUUCUCUGCCAAGUGGGGCAGGGUUACCCCUUACAGACUCUAAGCAAGUACACCCAGCCCCUCCCCGCUGCAGGGAGCUGAGCCCUGGGGCCUCCCUUGCUCACAGGGGAGCCAUGGAAGGUCUGAGGAUGAUCAAGACCUUUUCCUUAGGACUGUGAUGCACCUCCAGGUGAAGGUCUGGAGGAAGGUCAGUGGGCACUGAUGGGGUGUGCACAGACGGGCUUUCGAGAUGAGGAUGUCUGAUGCUGUGGCCACUGGCCAGACAGACUUGGAUGUUAGCAAGGUAAAAAGGAGAACUAAUAUUAUUGAACUCCUAGUAUGUAGCAAGUGUUGUGUUGUUAUUUACAUAACUUUCUCAUUUGAUUCUCAACAACCGUACUGCUAUCAUCUCCAUUUAACAGAUGAGGAAACCAAGGCCACUAGAGGUUAGGACACCGGCCUGGGGUCGGAUCAGCACUCGCACUCUGGUCUCUCCACUUCAACAAAGGGCAGCAGAGAACCAUUCCUUCCUUUAGUCACUGAACCAAUUUGUAGUAGUCCCUUUCUGAAUGCUUGCUAGUGAAUGGGCUUCCCAAACUCGGAGCAGGGCCCAGAGCAAAGGGCUGCAGAAAGGGUCGCAUUCAGGAACUGUGGCCGAGGAGAUCCGGAGCAGGCGGUGAGGUUGCAGAGGGAACAACUGUGUCUAUUGUAUGAGAACCUGAGUCUGAAGGGACAUCUUGGGGCCAGGUUGAGAGGCGGUAUCCUAGCUGGGGGAGCUGGCAGGGUAGAGGCUGCAGGGUGAGGGUGCAGGGGGCUGGAGGUGGUGGAGCUGCCCUGGGAUGGUCUGUGAGCAGAGGGCGCUGGAGACCCUCUCUGGGUGUUCUUGGAGCUGCCAUAGCUGGUCCAGCCCAGGGGCUCCAGUGGGGCAACGCCCAGUGGAAAAAUGGGGGAUUCUUAAAGGAGAAUCCCCUUGAAAAGGGAGUGAAGACAGGUACCAUGAGAUGGUGACAGUCCCCACUGACUUAUUCAAGAGAAUCAGGACAAGCUUUACACCUGCCCUUUUAAAACUUUGGUAAAUUGAGCCAGGCACGGUAAUCCCAGCACUUUGGGAGGCCAAGGCAGGCAGAUCACGAGGUCAGGAGAUCGAGAGCAUCCUGGUUAACAUGGUGAAACCCCGUCUCUACUAAAAAUAAAUAAAUAAAUAAAUAAAUACAAAAAUUAGCCGGGCGUGGUGGUGGGUGCCUGUAAUCCCAGCUACUUGGGAGGCUGAGACAGGAGAAUGGCGUGAACCCGGGAGGCGGAGCUUGCAGUGAGCCAAGGUCACGCCACUGCACUCUAGCCUGGGCAACAGGGCGAGACUCUGUCUCAAAAAAAAAAAAAAAAAAAAAAAAAAAAACUUUGGUAAAUUGUAAUUUUCCAAUGCAUAUUAUUUUUUCAGAUUUCCCUGUAGUGCCUAAGAACAAAAUUAUCUUAAAACUAAAAGUGAUUUGUAUGCUUGUUUUGGAAAUACCUAUAGGAAUAAGGUUGGUGAGACUCAGGAAUCCACAUAGCAGAGCAGUGGAAGGAGAGGGUAGGGGAUGGAUCAUUAACUCUUAACUUGGAGCCUCCACCUUCCAGGGCUUCUAUGUAGUUCUUGACAUCAGGAACCCCAUUUAAUCCUCAUGGCAGCCCUAGGAACUGGCUACUAUGAUUCCUGUUUUAGGGCAGAGAAAAUUAAUGCUCAGAGAAGUUCAUAACUUACCCAGGGUCACAGAGCUAAUUGAGCGGGGCCUGGAGGCCUGGAGGACUUUCUUCAAAGUCCAUUCUCUUUCCAUGACAUCACAGCAUAGGCCAGGCUGCUGGUCCUCAGGGAGAGAGGGAAGGGGGUGUUAAGGUUUGCUUAAGAUUGGCUUUCUUCAAAAAGGCACAGGGAUGUUCAGAGAAUGCGCAUACGUUCCCGGAUUCAGAAGUUGUCCUGCUUUCCCUCAGGCAUCGGAAGUUGCUUUGUCCAUGCAGAGUGAGAAGCUGCUAUUCACUGACCUGGGAUUGACCACAGGGGAGGCUGGUAGCUCUGGUGUCAUCCGGGCUCAGUCGCCUUGGUGCCCGCCUGGCCCUUACCCACGCCUUGGCCUGGGCUGGAGGAGGGGAGAGUUAAAUGGAGAGUUCUAUGUUGUCUCUGUAUCUUGCAUGCAACUCUGGGGUGAAAGGGCCUUAAGGGUUUCUUAUCAACAGAAUAAGUUCUUAUCAACAUACCCGUUUUCUGGUUCAGAAAAUAGCCACUCAGGCUACGCAGCCACACGGCAGAGGGUGCAUGUGUGUGCCUCUGUGUGUGUGUGCAUUUGGCAACUGGGUUGGGGCAAAAACUAACAUUCGCAGCCCUGGGGAUUAAGGGGAGGUUUGUAGCUUCUAAAUUUUGGAAAAACAGCCUCCUAGCUGUGGAACUCCUGUGUCCUGUGUAGUUCCACCUUCUGGCUUUACUACUUCAGGGCUACAGUGAAAGAAGUAAUGCAUCUCUAACCAUAGGCCACCAUGGCCUGUGGGCCAUAUUUGAGGUGGUGACCUUGGCGGUAACCUUCAGGGACUGUGAAGCCCAGAAGCAGGCCUGGUAGAAGUAGGCAGGCCGUCUUGGCUUCAGUUUACCACUCCCUAGCCUCCCGGUCCUGUCCUGCCGGCCCACUGUGAUCUCUGGAGGAGGUUUCCACUAGAAACCGCCAUCUGUUUGGGCCUAAGGGCUCUGUGCUCCUAAUAUGGCCCAGGGAGGGUCCGUGUUGUGGAUUGAACUGGGCUUUCCCCAAAAAUGAUAUACUUAAGUCCUAACGCCCAGGCUGAGCAUGGUGAAUCAUGCCUGUAAUCCCAGCACUUUGGGAGACUGAAGUGGGAGGAUCACUUGAGGCCGGGAGUUUGAUACCAGCCUGGGCAACAUAGAGAGACCCUGUUUCAACAGCAACAAAAAAAUCAACUGGGCAUGGUGGCACACACCUGUAGUCCUAGCUACUCAGGACACUGAGGUAGGAGGAUGGCUUGAGCCUAGGAGUUCGAGGUUAUAGUGAGCUAUGGUCAUGCCACUGUACUCCAACCUGGGUGAGAGAGUGAGACCCUGUCUUAAAAAAAGAAAAAAAAAGUUCUAACCCCCAGUAGUUGAGAAUGCAACCUUAUUCGGAAACAUGGUAGUUGCAGGCGUCAUUAAGAUGAGGUCGCACUGGAGUAGGAUGGCCUCCUAAUUCAAGAUGACUGGUAUUCUUAUAACAAGACAGAAGCACAGGGAGAACGCCACGUGACGAUGGACGCAGAGGCUGGAGUCAUGCAGCUGCACACCAAGGAAUCCAGCAAAUCAUCAGAAGCCAGAAAGAGGCAACACAGGACUCUCCUGCAUAUUUCUGAGCGGGCCUGGCCCAGCCAACACUUGAUUUCAAGCUAGCCUCCAGAACUGCGAGACAGUAAUUUUCUGUUUAAGUCACCUGGUUCAUGGUACUUGGUUCCAGUGGUCCUGGGUGCUGAGGUCCUUGGCCCUCCAUCCCAGCUCCUGGUUGUGGCUCCCUUCUGGGGGGAGGGGCUCCUAUUGUGGUUUGUCUCCUUCAUUUCCCUUUACAGUUGCCUCCUUCUAUAUACUUUCAUAGGCCCCUCUUCCAAAUCCUGGAAGCACAUUUACUUUCCUCAAAGCGUCCCCUAGCAAUAGGGAUAGGGGCUGUCAUUGGAAGGAAAGGCUACAAAGGGGAAAGGAUCAUUUGAUUUUACAGAUGGCAAUGUCAAUAUCAAGAAAUGCCUGUUCUCCCGGAGAAACUACAGCUAGUUUCUCCUUAAUCUGUUGCUGCCUCUUGUUUGCAAGAUCCUUGUCCUCUUCAGUGAUGACAGAAUCCCCUGCCUCCUCUUGGCCCCUGUGAUAAGGUCACAGGAUUUACCUGGAGUCUCAUCUCCUCUGGAAGCUCCCCAGAGCUGCCUGCACCCUGAAGCCCUCCCUGCCUGUUCUGGCUGGCAACUGUCUCUAGUUGAGCAAGCUUCCUAGGUCUGUGCCACAGCCAGGCCCCUGCUUUGGGCUGUCUCUGUUGUUAGUUAUCUUUUCACAUGUGCGUCCCAUCUGCCCGGUGAGCCUGGGUUUCCCAGGUUUCUUGUCUAAUUCAUCCUCACCCUCGGGCUAGCACAAAGCACGAGGAAGCCCCCAUGCUCCAGACAUUGAUGCUGCUGCCAGAGGCGAUGGCACUAGCUGUCCAGGGAGGGCUGAACCCUUCCUUCCUAGAAGCCAUGCUCCACCCAGAGUUUCACUUUUCCCUCCCUCCUUCCUCAUCCAAACUGAGCACCUGGCCGGGUGCGGUGGCUCACACCUGUAAUCCCAGCACUUUGGGAGGCAGAGGUGGGCAAAUCACUUGAGCCCAGGAGUUCGAGACCAGCCUGGGCAAAAUGGUGAAACCCUUUUUUAAUUAGCCAGGUGCAGUGGUGGGCCCCUGCAGUACCAGCUACUCAGGAGACUGAGGUGAGCCCGGGAGGUGGAGGUUGCAGAGAGCCACGAUAGUGCCGCUGCACUGCAGCCUGGGUGGCAGAGUGAAACCUUGCCUCAAAAAGAAAAAACAAAAAACAAAACAUAAAUUGAGCACUAGCUGAAGGCUGUGGAGGACAGUGGAAUACCAAGGGCAGGGGUUGGUUUGGUUUGGCAGCAGCUGGUGACGAGCUGCCUUAAGGGAACUGUGGUCUGUGGAGAAUUAACCACUGGGUCUAGUGGAAUGUGGCUCUGUCUUUGGAAUCUCAUGGGUCUCCCCAAUCCCUGAAAAUGUCAGGCCUGCAGGCUGUUGCUUUUGGGUUUGGAGAAAGGCAUGGGGGCUCUGACUUCAUCUCUGCUGGCCUAAAAGCCCUGGGCUUGGCAUUUCCAGGACCAGGAAGUAUGAAGAUGUGCUUCAGAGGUUUUGCUGCAGCCUGUGAUUACAUGGUCUGAUGGAACAAAGUCUUUGGUGCUCAAACAUGCUUCUUAUAAAAUCCCAGAACACUUCUCAGAGUCUUCUGCUACUUAGUGUUGUCCAGCUCAGCAUGGUGAUGUUUUCAGGGUGUGUGUGUGUGUGUGUCUGUGUGUGUGUGUGUGUGUGUGUGUGAGAGAGAUGGAAAUUGAGAGAUUCAGAUGCACAGGUGGACAUAGACUGCCUGUGCCAACAGGACAAGGAGCUAAAAGAGGAGGAGAGAGAAAUUCCUCCUCUCCCAGGUGCCUUCCCAUUUGUGAGUUAUGGCAGCUGUCAUCACCGUGGAGUUGGGCGAGCUUUCAGUCCUUCUUCCUUUUCCUUGCUGCCAUUUCUUGGCAUCCUCAGAGCAUUCUUCAUCGCUCAGAGCUCUACCAGAGCCAUACAGGUGUGUCCCAGGGCCAGCGCCAGGAACAAUGCUGCCCAUUGUGGGUUCUGGCCUCAGUACUCCCUUAUCAAAACCCUGGUAUUUCUGGGCACUGCGGGCAGAAGUUUGGCCUGCACUUCCCUUUGUACCCUUCACCUUACUAAAGGGGAGGCUGUUUUUGUGCUGAGCAAGAGGUCUCCCACGGAGGACCAGAAAUGCAUGUGGGUGCCUGCAGGUAGAUGGGUGCAUGCCCCAGGGAAUUGACUUCAUUUAUUUCUGUCUCCAAGUGAGAGGAGGAGGGAGGCGUAGAGAAGCGUGGGAUCUGAAGGAGAGGAUAUUGGUGGGCUUCACUUUCGAGCACAAAGGAGAUGAGCAGUGAAGGUUCCAGACGCUGUUACAGAAAGGUGGUCAGGCCAUGGGUAGGAAGGUCGUGCGGUUCUGGGAUCUCUGUGUGUCCCCACAUUUGUCAGCGUGCUCCCCUACGGACAUUAGUGGCAAAAC